ACACAGAACAAAGUAGAACUUUAAAACAUUAGGAUGUUGAACUUAACCUAAAAUUUGUUGCAAUUUAAUGUUCAGUACUAAUAUGCUAUAAAAUAACUUAGCAACUUUAUGUUUAAAUUAAAAUCCCAAACCGCCAGUGCAGUUGGAAAUGCCUACGAGUAAUGAUAAUGUAUUUUCACAAUGGUGGUGACCUAUUCUUGAGUGUUCCCACCACAAAACACAACGCUCAGACUAUGGGAAAAGUUCACAUGGUGAUGUGGCUCUACAGGUACACCGUGAUGGUGUAGAGAAGCUUGUUUAAGUGGAAAUGGAGGGAGCGCGGAAUGUCCGUGAAGUAAUCGACCUGGUGUCCGAUGGAGACUCCAGCGAUGUUAUGGAGUGCUCGGACAGCGGAGGUGAAGAAGAAGACUCGAGUGAUGACGUUGAAGUCAUCUCAGACCCAGACUGCUCCAUGCAUAGCAGUUGCAACGCAUCGCCUGGUGUGCAAGUUGACAGUGAGAAACAGCCGAGAAGCGUGUUCAUAAAGCAACUGGUGCAAGUGGUGACCGUAAAGCAGGAGCCCGUUACUAAUGGCUAUGAGCCUUUCACCAAGAAUCAUGAGUCUGUAACCAAGAGUUAUGAGCCUAUAGGUAAUGGUUAUGAGCCUACUGACAGGAGUUACGAGCUUGUAAACAAUGGUUAUAAGCCUGUAAACAAGAGUUACGAGCCUGUAAGCAAUGGUUACGAGUCUGACACUAAGAGUUGCGAUCCUGUAAGCAAUGGUUACGAGUCAGACACGAAGAGUUGUGAUCCUGUAAGCAAUGGCUACGAGUCUGACACAAAGAGUUGUGAGCCUUGCGUUCCUCUUGGGCAAGUGAAGUCAGAAGUGGAUCCUGAUGUCCUGGACGCCCAGCCCAGGAUAGAAGAUGUGACAAUAUUUGGUCAGGAAGAUGAUUGUUUUGGGCGAGGGAUCCAAGCAGUCAUUGCCAAGCUGGGAGUUGAGAACACUUUACGGACGCUCGGAGAACCAGUGGGUGACAACGUCGCUCCCGGCCGUCCGGGCGAGCUGCAGGUUCCAGUGGAACAGACAAUCGAGGAGGACUCGGCAUCGGGGAAGAAGGAAGUGGGUGAGUGCGGUGAGCCACGCGCCCGCCCGGUGUUCUGCGGAGUGUGCGGUCGGACGUUCUACGACGAGGCUGCCUUGCAGAAGCACGUCCGGACGCACUACGAGGCGCGCACGGCCAAGUGCCUGCUGUGCGGGAAGAUGUUCCGCGACAAGUCCCGGCUCAGCUACCACAUGCUGGACCACACGGGGGAGCGCCCCUACCGCUGCCACGUGUGCGGCUCUCGCUUCAAGAUCCCGUACCACCUUCAGUACCACAUGUUCUCGCACACGGACGAGCGGCCCCACGCCUGCGAGACCUGCGGCCGCCGCUACAAGCAGUUCUGCCACCUCAAGCAGCACCGCAAGAAGCACGACGAGUUCUUCGCGCUGAAGUGCCCCGAGUGCGGCAAGGUAUUCCACGGCGCUGGCACCUUGAAGUCGCACCGCUACAAGCACACUGGCGAGUGGCCCCACCGCUGCCGCGUCUGCUCCAAGGGCUUCUCCAACCUCAAGUGGUGCGAGAUCCACGAGGCCAAGCACAAGGACCCGUCUUCCCGAGUGCUGCCCCUUCUCCCGGGAGCCGGUGCACGGACUGCAUGCCCGAGGGAUGACCCCACUCCGCCGGCGAACUUUACCCUUGAUACGUCGGACAUCAAGACGGAACUACCUGAGCUGACGGAACAACCUUUCCCGUACGGCGGUUUCUUCAUCUCGUAGGAACCAGCUGAUUGGAGGGUGCGUGCGUGUGUGUUCUUCGUUGCAGACCAGGGGCACUCCCUGGCAAGCUGACUCUCCAAAGUGCAUUUUAUAUAUAUAUUUAUAAUCACCGUCAGUCCGACGCGUCUCUUGUUCUGGAUCAGAGUCCAAGGAAACUCCUAAGGGGAAAAUACUAUUUUUUCAUUAUGUUUAUCUCAACAAAAAUGUCUCUACAUGCAGGUCUGAAAAUUUCCGCUAACUAAACAUUGUUCUCAGAGUCAUGGUUAUAUGUUAUAAACGCAUGCAAUUACUAACAGAGUGAUAUUAGUUUCCGGCACAUAUGCAUUUAAAACAAUAUGUGGGAGAUCAGUUUGAACUACCUUACUUUUAAACUGUGUCGCACAGAAAAAAGAGACCAUAUUGUAAAGUAACCGUGCAGAAUCCCAACGUUGUUGGUCGUCAGUAUGUUUACAAGUCAAGUCAUCUAAAAAUAGCUCUUACCUUUCCUUCGUGCAACAGUAACAUAAGUACUGCCAAGUGUGUGGACUCCAUGUGACAGCAACAUAAGAUGGCCUUUCGUAUACGAUGAGUAGCAAAUAUAUGAUCUUCAGACUUCCGUGAAUGUCUUGGUUUAUAGCAGGAAAAUAUGGGACCGGUAUAUGGUUUAUAAUCAUGUGGAAACUGGCUUGUUAGGUAUGGGUGAUUAAAGGGAAACCAUACAGAUGCAGCAAAACUUCCUGUUCAUAGUUUAUCAAAUAGAUGACACAUUAAGUCUUGAAUUUGUUUAUUUAGAGUUUCCUUUUAUUUCGCUAGACAUGAAGAACAAGAAAUAUGUCCGACAAGCUACUAGAAGUGUUUCUAGUUUGCCAGCCAUUCGCAAACAUUUACUAAACCAUAGAAGAACUUUUUUUGCUAAGCAAUUUUAUUUUAUUGGGAUAACCUCAGCCUAAUGUGGUGUCACUUUCCUUCCGGCUUGUCAGAUAAAAAUUUUCUUGCUCUUGAUAUUUAGCAAAAAAACAAAUAGGAAACCCAAAAUACAUUAAUCAAAGACUUAGGUAAGUGUCUUGUGAAUUCCACCAUCUCUUUGAAUGUACAGCAAAAUUAAAUAAUUAAUACAAAAAUUAAUAAUGUUCUCAGGCUUUCACGGUCAUUGUCUGAAGUAGCUUGGCUUCUGGGUUGUAGCUGUGUCCUUGGCAAAUAAUUCACUGACGUUUGCGAUCAACAUUGCAGUCGCCAUCAUCAGUAGGUAACUUCCCCCUGAUGAUGGCGACUGCAAUGUCGACUGAAACGUCGGUGAAUUAUUCACCAAGGAUACAGCUGCAACCCAGAAGCCAAGCUUCUUAUUACAAAAAUUAUUUUAAAACAUGUUAGAUUUGCAUCUGUGGUAAAAGGAAAGUGCAAACUGGUUCUAGAAUUUUUCUUUUUAAAUUGCUUUUUUUUUUUUUAACAAACAUUUCAGAUCAACAGUAGUCAAAAAAUGUUCCCGUUGGCUUCACUGUAGCAGGAAUCUAGCAUCCUUGUGUUCGAGCAAGUCAAGGUCAGAAUCUUGCGCCAGUUACAACUGCCCUGUUGAGUUGUUGGUGACCCUGUGCGCCGACUGGUCGACAACUUCAGUGCAGUCCCGUCUUGCCGUAACCUGCAGUGGGCUACAGGUCCUUUGAUAGUAACGCUUUCAGGACUGUUCUCAAGCAGGUUAUUAGCUCACUCAUUUAGUCAUUUGUACGCUUUCCUUCAUCUUAAAUCAGAAUGAUUACUGACCUAUGCCGAGAUGUAUUUUGUAUUAAAACUUAAAACACAUUAAUCACUGCAGGAUUUGCCAGUCUAGUGUGUGUUGAGGUAAGCGUAACGAACGAGAAUGUAAUGGGCAGGGCUGUUGUAACAAGGAUUUAAUCUGAUUCUGCGGAUAGAAGAUACGGCAAGCAAGCGUUCGCUAGCGCAGCCCCGGGGCUCAGAUUCAGUAAUCUCACUCUUUGUCAGAUGGGUGAUAGCUACCACUAAUUCUCUUACCCACCGUAGGUUGAUCUGUUUCAAACCUCGUGACUGCAGAUCAAUUUCAGUUUACCUAGAGCUGAUGCUAAAAAUGUAUUUUUGAUUCACAACUUGGGAAUACAUUUGCUAAUGUAAUUAUUUAAGCUAUGUAAAAUAAUACAGUUAGUCUUCUGCAAUCAACUUAUCAUUUAUAAACCUCUUUUGUCUUUGAGCAGGUGAAUGUUAAAGUUCGUAUUUAAUAAUUUUAUAGCCAGGAAUGAGUUGUAAUCAUGUCCUGUGAUUUUGUGCACAUAUCUUGUUGAAUGUGAGAGCUCAAAUGUGUAAAGGCACUCUAUCCAUGUUGUUAACAGUUUGUAGAUGGAUGCUUUUGCUUGUAUGCGAGGUGUUUUGCCUCAUUCAGUUGGGCAAAAUAAUUACAUAUGUUGAUAAUAACAAUGCUUGAUGACAGUUCUUUUUGAACUCUGGACUCAGUGUUGGUGAAAAACACAGUUAUGUCAUACUUGUACUCCAGUAAACAGAGGGAGUGAAUCUGUAUCAAUACAAACUUGAAGGGACCAUGAUAUUGGCACUUGCAUUAAUUAGGCAUGCAUCAAUCAAACUUUUCCACUAUUUAUUUAAGCAAGUUCAUUCUUUGUGAUGAUUUUGAUCUAUUCUGUCCAAAAAUUAUUACGUACUUAAGAAUCUCUUUUUUCUUCACCCACUUACAUAACAGGAAAAGAAAAUAUUCCAAACAAUAUCAGUGUAGUUUGCAUUAUUUCUUGCCACCAUGAAAAUACUUUUAUAAAGAAGUUUUUCUCAGAAUGUGUAUUGAUGAAGUUUUACUGUGAAACGUUCCAGCUAUUUAUUUGGCCAAACCAAAGAAAAGAAAAAUUCCUUGUGGCCAAGUGUACUACAGUGUCAAUAAAAAAAUAGGUAGCAGCCUGUGCGAGGCUAGGAAGAAGGUAGCACCCUGUGCGAGGCUAGGAAGAAGGCAGCACCCUGUGCAAGGCUAGGAAGAAGGUAGCACCCUGUGCAAGGCUAGGAAGAAGGCAGCACCCUGUGCGAGGCUAGGAAGAAGGCAGCACCCUGUGCAAGGCUAGGAAGAAGGUAGCAUCCUGUGCGAGGCUAGGAAGAAGGCAGCACCCUGUGCGGGGCUAGGAAGAAGGCAGCACCCUGUGCGGGGCUAGGAAGAAGGCAGCACCCUGGGCGAGGCUAGGAAGAAGGCAGCACCCUGUGCGAGGCUAGGAAGAAGGUAGCACCCUGUGCGAGGCUAGGAAGAAGGCAGCACCCUGUGUGAGGCUAGGAAGAAGGUAGCAUCCUGUGCGAGGCUAGGAAGAAGAUAGCACCAUGUGCGAGGCUAGGAAGAAGGUAGCACCCUGUGCGAGGCUAGGAAGAAGGCAGCACCCUGUGUGAGGACAAAAAGGAUCACAGACAACAUAGAAGCUGUUGUGGUCAGCGAAUUAUGAUUUUGGCAGGCAAUGCAUUUAUUGUGAUUUCCAAAGAUAAUUUUUGACACGCAAAGUAGGUUUGUUUGAAGUAUAGCGUACAUCACAUCAUAUUACAGCACGUAACUUACAUAUACUUAUAAUACAAAACUUAUUUUUUUGAAGUGAUUAAAAUAAUUGAAAUACUUAUUAGGAAAAUAAAUCUAUGAUUUUUUUUAUUUAUUUUAUUGAUUUAAAAAAAAUAUUUCCAGAUGUUCCAAAAAUACUGAUUACUCAUCAUACACUGUUGUUUGUAAUUCCCUUUUUUACAACCGUCGACUAUUCACCCGUGAUCAGUGUCAGCAAUGAGACUGGCUAGAAGUAGUACGAACAUGCUUAUCCACAUGGUCUAUUUUUGUGUUGUAUGUGUAUAUACAAGUGCAUGCUGGCGCACCAUAGUCAGAGCAAAUGCUGUCUGGGAUUGGUUACUCUCAGCCAAUCAGAGAGGGAGACCGGAAAAAGACCAUCCAGACGUCACUACGUAACAAUAUCAUCUGAUAUGCUGGAAAAUGCGUUUUAUAAUUAAUCCAACAGUUUACUCAUAGAGGCUGUAUUUUUCAUCAGAAUUUUUUGCAAAGUAUCUUAAUCAAUGUAGACAUCAGAAAUUAUUGAGGAAUUUUUUUGUUCAAGAAUAAUUUUUGAAUAUUAUAUAAUUGUCACAAUACAGUAUAGUUUUAUUUGAUUGUAAUAAUAAAGUGGUUACGAUAAAUUUGUUUAAAGUGUAUUAAAUAGUACAAAUGGGCAGAUUUGUACCGUUUUAAUAGUAAAACCUAUACCAAAGAAAAUAAGUGAAGGAUAGUGUAAAAAUGGGAUUUCACUGAUAUGUAUAGUGCACCCAUGUAUCACAUUAAUAUUUCCCCUGCAUUGAAGUUGUCAUGAACUUUAAUAAACCGUGCUGGAGUGAUUUUUGACAUAUAAUUUCAAUUUAUUUAUAUGUACUCCAGUGUUAUAAAUUUUUACAUUAUUAAUGCCUUACCUACUUAAUACUCUUAUCUCGUAAUUAACAUCCACAGGCUAGAGACUGAAGGUCAAACUUAAUGUGUGUUUUUGUUUAGGCAAGAAAUAGUUUAAAGCAAUGAAGAAAGUAAAUUUUUCCAGCUGUAUCUUAUCAUCAUCAAUCAUCAUCCAUCAUCAUCAUCAACUGCUUUCCGCCUGUGGCCAGGUCAGCAAAGUAAAAUGCCUUGAUCUUCCUCUGUUCCUCCACCAUUCCUCAUCCUUCACUUUGACCAAUCUUCUUCUUUCUCUCCUGCACUAUCUGCUCUUCCCAUCUCCUCUUUGGACUUCCUUGGGGUCUUUCUCCUGUCUACUUCAACUCCACGGGUCGAGAUGGAGAUCUGUAUACUUGUAAAAAUUGUAAAAGGAGUGAAGUUGUUAGUUUAUUGUGUUACAAGGGAAAAAAUGAUUUUUAUAAGUUUAAUAAGUAGACGUGCAAUUCUUGAAUUGCCAAGAAUUGAUUAUGUUGAGGUCCCACCUCUGAUGAUGUUUGUACAUUGCUGUUCAUACGUUAAUCUUUAAUAUUCAUGCACAGUCAAUUUUUUUCAACAGAAUAUGUUAAAUUUUUUUGAUGUUUAUACAACGCUGUAAUUAGUCAUUGAUUUCAAUGCCACAAAAUUUUGUAUGUUGUAUGUGUUGUCUGAACAAAAAUAGAACAUUAUGUGGCUGGUGUAGAACUUGCACUUUUGAUAUUCCUAGUUUUCAUGUUGGAGUCUGAAACCAGUGCCCACAUUCACAGUUCUUAUUCCCAUCACUGCUGUAUGAAUAUGUAGCUAGUGAAAGAUUAGUGAAAUCAUGUACAGAGAGUGUGUACUCAAUAAUGAGUACAAUUAUGUAGGAGUUGUUGGAAUGUUAAUGUACCUGAAAGAUAUUUGUUUGGUGUGUACAGUAUUAUUGAACCUGCUUACUAACAUAGGUAGUUGUAGCAUAGUCGAUUAAAAUAAGGGUUGCAUUUUCUAGCAGUUUAAGUCAAUUUUAUUUCCGUCAGUCAAUGUUGGACUGAAUUUUAAAACCUGUAAAGCAUUAAAAUUUUUAUUUAGGUAGCUCAAUUUACCUGUCUAGUUGUACCAAGGUCAUGUUAACACAUCUUGUACACAAAAAAUUAAAUGAUUUAUGAAAUACUAUGUUAUUAAAAGGUUGGCAUGCUCU